UCAAAUUCGAAGAAAGAAACUCCCAAUGACGCUUAUUCUAGGAAACUUUCAUCCAUGGAGGCAGGAGAGGGGGUUUGAUGCGCUAGUUACAUGCUACCCAAUAGAUCGCUUAGUAAUAUCUCUUCUUCCCCAACUUCCCCUCCUUUCAUCUUGACCACUCAAUAACACUUAUCAUCCUCAAUCCCAAACUUAACCACAGCCAUAACUUUCAACUUCAAUUUCAGCCUCAGACCCACACACAAACCACUCACCUACCCACCAUGGCAUCCUCAACCGCCAACACAACCACAGACCCAAUUUCCACCACCGGCACCGGUAACGCCCGUUUCAACGCCGACGCUGCCAACUGGGACUCCAACCCAUCCAUCCAACUCGCCACCUCCUUAGCCUUCGAAUCCUACCUCUCCCGCUUGCCCCCUCCCUCAGAACUAUCGUCUUUCAACGUCCUCGAAAUCGGCUGCGGCACUGGCUUGCUAUCUCUCCUUCUCGCACCCCACGUCCGCUCCCUCGCAGCCGUCGACGCGGCGGAGGGUAUGAUUGACGUGCUCACUCACAAGUUAUCGCCUGGCGGUACCUAUGAGCAAGUGAAGAACGUUCGGCCAGUUACAGCACUGCUUGAGGAGCCGGAAGACCCUAUCAUCAAGAUCGAUCCCGUCACAGGGGAGGCGUGGGAGGGCAAGUUCAAUUUGGUUAUUUCGCAUCUGGUGUUGCACCACGUUGCUGAUCUGACGGCGCUGUUCAAGACCAUCUAUGGUACCCUAAAACCUGGCACUGGUAGGGUGGUGACGACGGACUUUGAGAAUUUCGGACCGGAAGCGAGGAGGUUUCAUCCGGAGGCUAAGAUGGAUGGAGUGGAGAGGCAUGGGAUUACCAAGGAGGAAAUGGAGGAGAUAUUGAAGGGGGUGGGGUUUGAGGAGGUUAAAGUUGAGAGGGGGUUUGUACUGCAGAAAAGGGUGGAGAGUGAGCCGGGGAAGGGGGAUAUGGAGAGGGGACCGGUGAUGGAGUUUCCGUUCUUGGUUUGUGAGGGGAGGAGGGUUUGAGUGUGGUCGACCAUGUUGGGAAGGCGUGAUGGAAAGGGUUUGAUAUUGGUAUGAUUUGGGACGAGAUGCGCUUUCUUUAGCGAACUAAGAGUCUGAGCGGUUUCUGGGUCGGUGCGGAACUGUCAGCUUGGGAUCUUGAAGAUGGUAGAGGUUUGUCGGACCUUAGUUCCCGUUUUACUUCGCCAAA